CACACAGCCUGCGAGCCGCAAGCCCGGUGUCCCCAGAAAACGACUCGCGGAGUCAUGGAGACACUCCCCCUUAAUGAACCACUGUCUGCAGCCCCGCUUACCCCAGAAGAUGAGAAUACACUGGAGGCCCUCUUCUCAAACAAGAAGAACCUCCCCAAACAAAAGCUGGCCACCGAAAGCCCAACAACCAUACCACCCCAGCCUAUUACCACAAAGGCCACAAGCGAGGAUGAUGACCUCUGCAGCUUGCCUGACGGGCCCCCCAGUCCCCUAACAAUCAGGAACUUGAGGUACAUGACCACAAAUAUGAGGGACACUUUACAACUAGACACAAGAAAGCAUGCUAGAUCCCCGACAGCCGCCAAAUUACAAGGACCGUCCAGAGUGCCUCCUAGAAUCCAUCUCCGCAAAAAAUCCAUCAUAAAACCAGGGACUGGCACCCAACUCUACCCCGGAAACCUGGAUGCCCCCCAGGAUGUCUUCACAGCGGCAAGUACGAAUGAGAGCCAGAACGAAAACAUGCUCCGAUCAGACAUAACUCCCUCUGAGUACCCCCCCACCUGGCACCCAGUAACCAGUGCUGAGGACAUUAACGAGAUGCAAGAUUUAGCUAUGUAUGAGACCACGAAAGCAGAGAGGCCAAAAGAUGGAAAAGAGGACUACAACUGGAUCGCCCUUGGACAUGACCUCGAGAAAUUCGUAGCACAUGGACUCCGCCCAUCCCACCUGCUAGAAGGAGCUAACCCAGCCAGAGCUGAAGAAUGGAUGUGCACAGAAGGUUGCCUUGCCACUGGAUGUGGCCUACAAUGAAGAAAACACAUGCAACUUCCAAACUAAUAUGGAAAUCUUCAUCGAAAGAGUGUCAGGGGACGCCCGGUUAUCUGGCCCCCCUUUACUCUAAGCGAUAUCAAUGAGGUAAUUGUUAGCCGAGAUUGCGUGAGAUAAUUACGUAGUUAGAACGCAGAUAUAACUCAUUGCGCUAUAUUCGCUAUCGCGUCACCCCUUACCCGACAUUCCCUCAUUUCCCGCAUCUUCUAUCUUCCUAUUUGAUGUCGUGUUUCUAUUAGUUACCAUCUUCCCAAUGUAACUGCGCUCUCGUGAGUUAGCAGAACUCAUGUACAUAAGGC